CCAGGCGCCCCUCGCGUUUCUCUCUCCCUCACGUCGGCCUCGGCCCGAAACCCUUUUUUUACGCCCGCUGUUGCGUGCUCGCGCUGCUCGUUGCCUCGCCAGUUGCGUCGCUGCUCGGCUCGGCUCGUCCCAUACCAUCACCCCCGUCAUCCAUCUCCGCCUCCUCUGCCUUCCGUCCACUCCUCCUCCUCCCCCUCCACGCCUCUCUCUCAAGCGCGCGCCCACACACGCGCCCCAUUGCUUCUCGGAUCUGGGCAGGCGGGCGGCGGCCUCGACUCGCGCUCCCGGCGGUUGCGAUCUGACGCGGUUGGGGGGCGCUCGGCUGCUGAAGGCGCGGCGAAUGGUGUGAUCGGCCGGUCGGCAACUGGGAGCGAGGCGAUGCGGCGGGCUCCGCAGCUCCCGCUGCUGCUGGCGGCGGCGCUCCUCGCAUUGGCGGCGGCGCCCGGGCUCGCGCGCGCGGCCACCGACGCGGCCGACGUCGCUGCCAUAAAUGGAUUGUACGUCGCGCUGGGAUCGCCAACUCUUCCUGGAUGGACUGGAAAUGGUGGAGACCCCUGUGGUGAGCUCUGGCAGGGUAUUGUGUGUACUGGCUCUACUAUAACUGGAAUAACCAUGAAUGCUGCAAACUUGGGAGGGCAGCUGGGCAGUUUAGGGAACUUCACUUCGAUCAUCACCAUAAAUCUUAGUAACAAUAAGAUUGGUGGAAACAUACCAGAAGACCUACCUAUUACAUUGCAGCAGCUUUUCCUCUCUGCUAAUCAGCUCACUGGAAGCAUCCCAAGUUCACUGUCAAAGCUCAAAAAUCUAACAGCCAUGUCAGUCAAUGGCAACAAUCUAAAUGGAGACCUGCCAGAUGCUUUUGAUUCACUCAAUGGACUUGUGAAUUUGGAUCUUUCUUCUAACAACUUGACUGGUGUGUUACCACCUUCGAUGAAAAGCUUGGCAUCUUUGACUACAUUGCACAUGCAAGAUAAUCAACUGUCUGGGACACUUAAUGUCUUGCAGGAUCUCCCUCUGAAAGACUUGAAUAUAGAGAACAAUCAGUUUUCUGGUCCGGUGCCUGCAAGUUUACUGAACAUACCGAACUUCAAAAAGGACGGGAAUCCAUUCAAUACCAGCAUAGCCCCAUCUGCAUCACCACCUUCACCAUCAAUAGGACCAGCACCAACUCCAACACCAGCAGGACCAAAACCAGCUCCAACACCAGCAUUAGCACCUACUAGUUCAAAUUCAACACCAGCAUCAGCACCUCCAUCACCUCCUUCAAGAGCUCCUCCACCGUCUAAGACAACAUCAAACUCUUCUGAAGGAUCAACCACACGAGAUAGUACUUCAUCACCUAGGAAACACAGUACCUCAACCCUUAAGAUUGUUGGUUUUGUUCUUCUCGGAGUAGUGCUGUUCAUAAUUAUGGUCCUCCUAGUACUAUUUUGUCUAUCCAAGUACCAAGAGAGACAGUCAAGAUAUGAUCAUAAUAGAAGUCAGCUGGCAAGGGUGCAUCAUAGGGUUGAACCCCAAAUCAAGCCACCUCCAGUGCAACAGAGGGAUGAUGUUAAAAAAGGGCAAAGUGAGGUACUUGAUAGGAGGGGCCGAGAGCUAAGUUCAUCAACAGCAGCUCUCCCUAAGAAGUCUCCUGAAAACCAAAAGGAGCACGUAAUUAAUUUCGAUCGAACAGAUUCAGAUAUUUUUUCGGUUGGUCUACCACCACCACCACCUCCACCUCCACCACCACUAGCCCCAGUUGAAAGAGUUGUUGCAAAUCCCAUUGUUCCACCAGAAAAGAGAUAUAAUCCUCCACCAAGAACAAGUACCCUGACUUCUGCCACACCGUUCUCUGUUGCAUCUCUUCAGCAAUACACAGAUAGCUUCAGAGAGGAGAAUGUGAUAAGAGAGAGCAGAUUAGGGAAAGUAUACCUAGCAGAGCUUCCUGAUGGCAAGUUAUUGGAGGUUAUGAAGAUUGACAACGCUAAUGGAAGAAUAUCAGUAGAUGAUUUCCUAGAACAGAUUGAAUGUAUCUCAGAGAUUAAGCAUCCUAACAUUCUUGAGUUAGUUGGAUAUUGUGCUGAAUAUGAGCAGAGGUUACUUGUGUACAAUCACUUUAGCAGAACAACACUAGAUGAUGCACUUCAUGAUGGAGAGGACACUGAAAGUGCAUUGUCAUGGAAUGCUCGCCUUCAGGUUGCUCUUGGUUCAGGAAAAGCCUUAGAGUAUCUCCAUGAAAGCUUCCAACCUCCAAUUGUGCAUCAAAAUUUUGAACCAGCUAAUGUGCUCCUUGAUAAAAAGUUCUCAGUGUGCGUUGCUGAAUGUGGACUGGCAGAACUGAUGCCAUCAGGUUCUGUCACUCAGCUUUCAGGUCGGAUGCAUGCAUUAAUGAACUACGAAGCACCCGAGUUCCAGGAUUCUGGGGACAUUUCAGAACGAGGUGAUGUGUACAGCUUUGGUGUAGUGAUGCUAGAACUUCUUACUGGCCGUAAGCCAUAUGAUAGUUUACGCCCACGUCAUGAGCAACAUCUUGUUAGAUGGGCCAGUUCUCAGCUUCAUGACAUUGAAUCCCUGUCCAAGAUGGUGGACCCAUCUAUACGUGGACAAUGUUCUGAGAAAGCAUUGUCACGAUUUGCUGACAUAAUCAGCCGCUGUAUCCAGCGGCAGCCAGAGUUCAGGCCACCAAUGUCUGAAAUUGUCCAAGACCUAGCUAGACUUGUAAAUGCUACUGGUGAGGAAUCAGAGUAACAAACAAAAAUCCUGGAGGACAUACAGAUACCAACCUCGUGACCAAGUUGCGUGUUGUACAAAUUUUGGGAAGGUAAUUGUUUUGCCACAUUCCGAGGAGAAUCUUGUGAAGAUUUAUUUUCCUCGGAGAGCAUUCUACACAUCAUAUUCUGAGGAGGAUGUUGUGAAGAUAUAUCUUCCUCGGAGAGCAUUCUACACUCCAUGUUCCAUUGUUGCGAGGAGAAUCUUGUGAAGAUUCAUUUUCCUCGGAGAGCAUUCUACGCUAACUCAUGUCAAAUUGGAGCUUCAUUUACACAAGACAGGAGGGUGGAGGUGCAACCAUUUGUGCACCUGGUUGUUGUUUGAUGAUUAAAAAUCCAUAUAAGUUUUGCAAACGUGAUAUCAUAGCGGCAUCCUGAAUCCUUGUAACUAAUACUCAGGAAUUCGUUAAAUCGGUCACUCUAAAGCUAGUUAUUCCAUUCUUCGUGUGUUUAUCAUGCUGAA